AUGAAUAGGAAUAAACUUAAUGGCGAUUCCGAUUUUUCUUUAAAUAAUGUUUCGUAUGAAACUGAUGAUUUUCAUCAAAAUUUCUUUAAUGAUCCAAACGAUUUCUUAGAUCAAAGCUCAAUGGAAUUCACUCAAGGGAAAUCAAAAUUGCAUGAUGCUACUAUUAAUUCAAAUUCCUUAUCACCAACUCGUCCAAAUUUACUCAACUCUAGAACCAUUCGAAUAGAAACACCAACAUUUAUUGAUUCUAUUACCACUAAUACAAAUAACCCUACUAAUAGUAAUCCAUUAAUAAUUAAAUUGCAAAAUGAACUACUGAAUUCUAAAUUGAAAAUAAUGACAUUAUUUGAAAUCAUAAAACAAUUACAAAUUGAUGCAAAUAUCGAUGAUUCUUUAUUUAAACAAUUAUUAGUGGAUAUUAAUAAUAUAUCCAAUAUAGAUGAAUUAAAUUCAAAAUUAAUUGCAAAAGAUUAUCAAUUUAUUAAGUUAAAAGAAGAAUUUCAAAAUAGUUUGGUUGAAAUUAAUGAAUAUUUAGAUAAUCAACAAAUUAGCUCAAAUAUGAUUGAUCAACUUUUCAAUCAAAUACUACUUGAAUUCUCGAAUUUUUUAAAUUUGUCUCAAAUAGAUGAUUUAAAUUCUUCCAAAGAUUUAAAUUCCGAUAAUUUAUUAAUUAAAAUUCAAGUAUUAAAUUCAAUCUUACAAACUAUUUUCUAUCAUUUUAAAAAUAAUAAUAACACUAAUGAUCAUAACUCAAUAGAACAUAUGAACAAUGAUGCACUCAUCCAUCAUCAUCAAAACACUAAUAACAAUCUUGAUCAUGCAAUAGCUCAUAGCACUGAUAAUGAUGUAUCAAGUUCGACUACUGCUGUAGCUUCAAAUGAUUCAAAUCAAAAAAAAACUUUAUCAAAUCAUGGAAUAUCUAGUCCAAUUAUUAACGAUGGAAUGACAAAUUGGAAAAAAUUAAAAGAUCAAGUAAUUUUAAAUGAUGAGCAAAGUUUAAUUAUAAUAGAUUUGCAGAAUAAAUUAAAAAAAAAGGAUUUAAGAUUAAUUGAAUUGCAAGAACAAGUAAUGGAUUUAAAAUCAGACCUUAACGAGAAAGAUUUACAAUUAAACCAAUUACAAGAAGAUAUAUUAAAACUAAAAUCUAAUGGUAACGAUAAAGAUGUGAAAUUAAUUGAAUUGAAAUCACAAUUAAAUGACAAAGAUUCAAGAUUCAUUGAAAUACAAUCAAAUUUAAAAGAUAAAGAAUCCAAAAUCAAUGAUUUAAAAAAUAAUUUAAAUGAUAAAAAAUUAACAAUUAAUGAAUUGAAAAAUAAUUUAAAUAAUAAAAAUAAAUUAUUUCUUGAUUUAGAAAAAAUUUCUACUGAAACAUCUCAACAAUUAGAAAAUUACAAAAUUAAAUUGGAUGAUAGUAUUAAAGAGUCCAAUAAUUUUAAAUUAGUAAUAAAUGACAAAGAUCGAGAAAUUCAAUCAUUAAAUGAAAAACUUAACUUAAAUAAAGAAACGUUAAAUGAAUCAAUUUCUAGUUUCCAAAGUUCCUUAGAAAAGGGGACUCUUAAAAUGAGAGAUUUAAUAGCACAAAAUGAUCGUUUAAAAUCCAACCUUGACGAUAAUAGUAUCAAUUUGAAAAUGCGAUUACAAAAUACAAGAGAAGAACGUGAUAGACUCUCCAAUCAAUUGAAAAUUUCAAAUAAUUAUAAUCAACAGUUAAAAUUACAAUUGAAAAAUUAUAAUAAAAAUAAUUUCGAAUCAGAAUUAUUUAAAAAACAUUUGCUAUUACAUUUUAAUAGAUGCAUCAAAUCUUUUAUAUCUGUAUUUGAAAAGAGUUCUAUUGAUCAUGCAUUGAAAAAAUUACAUCAAAUCAGUUUAAUGGAUAAAAUAUCCGAUUCAAACGGCCAACAUAAUUUAGAAAAAAUUUACUAUUAUAUCGAAGAUGCUCUAUCUCUUCUUAUUAAAACUUUUACAGAUGCUGCAUCACCUACAACUUCACAACAACAACAACAACAACAAACGUUUUCAUCAUUAUCCCCCACUACAGAAGUAAAUGAAAAUUAUCAAGAAUUAGAAAAAAAAUAUAUUUUUUUAUCUGAACGAAGAAUGCUAGAUGAAGAGACUUAUAAAGCUAAAAUUAAAUCUUUGGAGCGAGAAAAUGAAAAAUUAUUAGAAUCUAAAUAUGCUUUUAAGCUAGCUAGCAGUUAG